AUGGAUCGCCAAGUGUUACCUACCAAUGUCAAACCAACUCAUUACGAUCUUACGCUGUCGCCUGACUUGCAGGCCUUUGUAUUUCAAGGACGAGUCAAAGUAGAUCUUGACGUGGUCGAACCAACCACAUCCCUUACUUUGAAUGCGCAAGACAUCAAUAUCCAAUCAGCAAGUUUAUACAAAGAUCAAAAUUCUCAGAACGCCACCAACAUCACUUACAACUCAGAUAAGCAUGAGGCAACAUUGACCUUUGCCGACACUAUACCAGCUUCUGCCAAAGUCACUUUGGAUCUAGUCUUUGACGGUGUGCUUAACGAUCAAAUGGCUGGAUUCUACCGUUCCUCCUAUAAGGAUGCAAACGGAACCACACAAUACCUGGCAACGACGCAGUUUGAAGCAACCGACGCUCGCCGAGCUUUCCCAUGCUGGGAUGAGCCUUCUUUGAAAGCAACGUUUGAUAUCACGUUGAUUGUGCCCUCUGAUCUGACGGCGCUUUCAAACAUGGAGGUAGCCUCAGAGGCACCGUUCGAUGACCAUCGUAAACAAGUGAAAUAUGCAACCACUCCCCGUAUGAGCACAUACCUUGUCGCGUUCAUAGUCGGUCCCUUUGAGUAUAUCGAAGCCUAUACUACGGGAGAAUUCAAUAAUCAUCCUAUUCGAACACGCGUAUAUGCAUUACCUGGAAGUGUUGAACAAGGAAGACACGCUCUGAAUGUCAGUAUCCAUGCUUUGGAAUACUAUGCUCAGAUAUUCGGCGAACCUUAUCCCUUGAGGAAAAUGGAUCUAGUAGCCAUUCCGGAUUUUGAGGCAGGUGCAAUGGAGAAUUGGGGCCUUGUCACAUUCAGGACUUCAUCUUUGCUGUAUGACGAGCAUGCGUCUUCCUUGGACACAAAGAAGGAUACGGCUUACACAGUGAGCCAUGAGCUUGCCCAUCAGUGGUUUGGGAAUCUGGUGACCAUGGCAUGGUGGGAUCACUUGUGGCUUAAUGAAGGAUUUGCCACCUGGGUUGGAUGGUUGGCAGUCGACAAGUUGUUCCCAGAAUGGAAUGUUUGGACAUCUUUUGUGGUCGAAGAUAUGCAAAAGGGCUUACAGUUGGAUGCUUUACGGUCAUCGCAUCCUAUUGAAGUGGUUGUCAACGAUCCAUCUGAAAUCCAUCAAAUCUUUGACUCCAUCUCCUACAGUAAGGGGGCCAGUGUCAUCCGUAUGUUGAGUUCAUGGCUUGGCGUAGACACUUUCCUGGCUGGUGUGCGGCGAUACGUGCAAUUACACAAGUACGACAAUGCUUCCACGGAUGAUUUGUGGGCAGCCUUGGGCGAAGUAGCUGGCGUCAACGUAUCCGCUGUCAUGACCAUGUGGACAGCACAAGUUGGCUUUCCUGUGCUAAUCGUUGGUGAUGGAGCCAAGCGAGACAAUGUACGUUUAUCGCAGAGACGCUAUCUCUUGAAUGGAGUACCUACACCAGAGGAAGAUACCACGACAUGGAGCAUUCCCUUGAACGUUCAAGUAGCAAACGGCGACAUGGUAUCCCGUCUCUUCAAUGAGAAGAGCGGGUAUUUGGACAUACCGUCAACAUCUUUGUUUAAGCUCAACAGCGGACAAACCGGGUUCUAUCGCACAGCAUAUCCUUCAGAGAUGAUAAGCUUAUUUGUGGACGACUUGUCGAAAGGAAGUAAUGGCGUGCUUUUAACGGACGCAAGGGAUCGAGCGGGACUAUUGGCUGAUGCUGGUAACCUUUGUGUGAGUGGCGAACAAUCAACCACCGUUUUUCUGGAUCUAGCAAACGCUCUUGCCAGCGAGUCAGACCCUUUUGUAUGGCAAGAAUUAAGUGUGCAUCUGAACAAUAUUAUCGCCACAUGGAGCGAUGAACCGGAUGAGGUCAAAAACCAGUUACAAUCGUUCCGCCGACGACUUUUCGCGGCCGUUGCGGAUAAGGUUGGAUGGGAUUACAGUCCGCAAGACGGUUACUCUCAGAUCAUACUACGCACGCUUGCCAUCUCGAUGGCAGGCCGGUCCGGCGAUCCAAAAGCAGUUGCCCAAGCGCGCGAGAAAUUAGCAAAGGCUGUCGAGGAGCAUGAUUGGGCCAUCCUGAAUGCCAACAUUUUUUCAAGUAUUCUCAAUACUGUACUAUUGGCGGCUGAUACGGGAGAAGAAGAAACAAGAGUAUGGGAAAUAAUUCAUAACAUUUACCUCAACGAAAGUCUACCGUCGGAUCAGCGCAAGGAAACCCUGAAAAUACUGGGCAAAGCGAAAAGUAGAACACUGCAACAGCGAUACCUCAAUAUGGCAUUUGACGAGAAUCAAAUACGUCCGCAAGAUACGGCCUACGUUUUUACUGCCCUUGGCGGUAACCCAUAUGGCCGUGAUUACCUGUGGGAGUAUUUCACAACAAAUUACGACCAAUUACACACUCGGUUUGCACAAUCAAUGAGCUUAUUUAGCAACCUUGUAAAAGCAACUGUCAGCAGCUUUACAUCGUUAGAGAAACUGAACGAAGCUGAAGCUUUCUUUGCUAACAAAGAUACCCGAGAAUACGACAGGGCACUCCGUCAAACCUUGGAAUCGAGCAAGGGCAAAGCUCAAUGGCUGAUCAGAGACCGAGAUCAAGUAGCGGCUUGGUUAAAAGAUCACGCCUCAACCAGCACCAGUAUAAAAGAGCCGAAUAAAUAA